UCACCAACAUUAUACAUUUUUGACUGAAAAACUGUACGUUCGUGCAUUUACUGUUUUUAAAUCUAAUCACUGUCAAUUACUGCUAUUUGCUUUAAAUUUUACUGUUAAUUUUUUUACUGGAAUUUCACCUUGUUCUCUUAGUUAAUUUAUUGGUUUAAAAAUUUUCCUGCUGAUUCGAUUUUAACAUCUAAGUUUUCCCUUAAAAUCAUCUGUAUUAAUAAUUUUGAAAUGGAGGCGUUAUUAGAAGAUUAUAUUAGUCCAGAAGAUCUGAAAAAUUUCGAAAGCAACUAUACAGAAAGUCGAAGAAAUGGGACUUUAACUUCUCAAACGCAAUUCGAAUAUGCUUGGUCUUUGAUUAGAAGUAAAUAUCGAGCUGAUAUCAACCGAGGAAUUAAUCUGUUAGAGGAAUUGUGUAGCAGUCAAUUAGGUGAAGAAAAGCGAGAUUACCUUUUCUAUCUUGCCAUAGCUAACACCAAGAUUUGUGAUUAUAGUCGUGCCCUGGACUGUGUUGACAAAUUUCUGUUAGCUGAGCCUAAUAAUAGACAAGCCUGUGACCUGAAGAAGAUAAUCAAGGAUAGAAUCAAGCGAGAUGGUCUUAAAGGAGCAGCUAUUGCUGGUGGAGCAGCUCUCGUUGUCGGUGGGCUUGUUGGUCUUGGCAUGGCCUUAGCCAGAAAAUAAUGAACCGCUAAUCAAAAUGUUAUCAACUUUUAAUGUCAUUAUCAAAUUUAUUAAAAUGAUAUAGAUUUAACUGUAAAGAGCAACUGCAACCAUUCCCUACCAAUAUUGUUUAUGCAUCAACAAUCUCAUAUUCUAGAUUGUUCGUUAUUAAAUUACCACGUUUAUGUGAAAUGUUGGUAAAUAGUUAAAAAUUGAA